GGGCAGCGUGCGGGUCUGCUCGGUUUUUCUCCCCGAAUGAACUUCUCCAUGCAGAGACCGGACUGUGCGCUUGGUUGCGAGACAUCCGGCGUCUCAAUUCAAGCAUCUCCACUGGUUCCACGUGCUACUCACACGCCCCGCACCGAAGGUCCGCCACCGUAUGUCUCUCAUCUUAGCCAAGUCUGCGGCACCAAAUCCCCUUCGCCGAGCCAAACAAGAUAAAAGCCCAAGCCCAACGUUCGUAACAACAGACAACCAAACACGGCUCGGCUUUGGUUGAGCUGCACCAUCCGCAUUUCCGAUUUACACUCGGCAUAAGCAAUCUUGCUUACAACUCCCAUUCGAUCAAUGGUACCAACUGCCGAGCGCAACGAGCUUCAGUUCUCAAGCUUCCUCACGCAACUCAAAGCAGAACCAUCUUCAGAGGAUCCAAUGCAUCCAGAGCAGCAGCAGUGGUCGUCGCCCACGAGCAUCGCGACCAACCCGACGGAAGCCACGUCUAGCACGUCGCAGCCGCUUCCUAGCUUCACGCUGGACCAGCAGCACAGCAACAACUACUAUGCCAAUGCCAACGCCGGCAUCAACCUGCCACCGCGACUUUCGACUCCGACUGGAUACUACACACAGCAGCUCCUGCCGCCACGCGAUACACAUACAACUUCGGCUCCAGCGUCCUGGAGCGCACCGACGUACAGCACGGGUGCGCCAAUGCUUGGCGACUAUCUGCACCAGCAACAGCCUCCACAGCAACCAGCGCUUCAUCCACUUCUUCAGCACAGCGAAUCGAUGCCGCGCUCUAACGAUGAGGACCUAGCGAUGGACGCGCAGAUGCUACGCGAGGUGCUCCAGGAGAUGCCGACCGGUCAGACGCCCGUCAACGCACAGCACCCGACUCAGCCGCGCGGACAGCAAAUGCCCGGUCUGCAGCUCCUUUUCGCUUCGCCGAUGCAUUCGACGGACAUGAACGCUACGGUCUCCCAGACGCAGCCGCCGGCUUUCUACAGCAACAGCAUGGGCAUGACCACCGCUCCGGCAGACAUGCUGCUCACCAUGAGUCAGACACCCGCUCCGGUCGCGCCGAUUUUUCCGACGCAAGACCGGGCUGUUCUGCCGGGCACGUUGCCGGUGCCGGCCGGCACAGUGGGUAUGCCUGGUGCCUUCGAUCCGCUCGCGGCUGCUGCCGGCGGCAUGGUGCCGCCGCCUACGCUUCCGCGUAAGAAGCGCACGACGGCUACCCGCAUCUGUAAGGUUGAGGGCUGUACGAAGGGCAUUCGUUCGCGUGGACUGUGCAAGGCGCACGGCGGCGGUCGCCGGUGUACGACGCCCGGAUGCACUACGAGCGACCAGGGCGGAGGCCACUGCGUUCUCCACGGGGGAGGCCGUCGCUGCCGUAUUGAAGGCUGCAAGAAGUCAGCACAGUGGCGCGGCGUGUGUAAGAUGCACGGCGGCGCGCGCCGCUGCCGUUACGGCCAAUGCACCAAGAACGGCCAGGUGAAGCAGGGCUACUGCCGGAUGCACCACAACCUGCUUACGGCCCAGCGCCAGCAGCAGGAGCAACUGCAAGCGCAGCAGUUGCAGCAAUUGCAACAGGCCCAGCUGCCUCCCGUCCCGGCCGUCGCGGCCGUGCCCGUCAAGCUCGAGGCGGGCAACAUAUAAACAACCUCCGGAAACCCGGUCGUACACUGCAUGUUUGGAAUCCGCGAGGAGAACGUCAAGACCCUCGCUCGCUUUGGAUAGAAAAGAAGGCGUAAUAAACAUAAUAUAGUAAGCCCAUGGCCUCCUGCAUCACAAC